AUGACCUCAAAAAGGAAUAAGUCAGAUAAUACUGAUAUAAAAGGAGAAGAUAAUGACGGUGGUGAUAGAGACUUUGUGGAGGUUAAGUCAUUCUCGAGGAGCGAAGCCCAGGAGCCUCAAAUAGAGAGAAUUAAGAAAAAACGCAAACUAGAAACGAAAGAUAGUCUCAAGGGACUUCCACAAGGUGAAUCGUAUAAUAGAGUCUAUGAAAAUGAUGCAACGAUAACGUGCUUGGCGAACUCAAGAGAUGGUUCUAUUUUGGCUACAGGAAGUAACGAUGGAACUGUGAAGUUUUGGUCUAAACAAGUUCAUGUACCUAGAAGUGCUAACGAAAAGGAUAAAGAUGAGGUAAUGCAGCUCGUGAAGCUGUUUACAGCACAUCCAGGGAAGCAAAUAGUCCAACUCAUAAUAGAUUUAGAUGGUAAUACGAUGGCUAGUGUCGCCCAGGAUGAUCAUACGAUCAAAAUAUUCAGUCUUUCUUCUUUGGACAUGAUUCAGGUGUUCGAUUUGAAAUUCUACCCUAAUACUGAGACAUGCUACAGCAAUUGUUUUUUCAAAAGUGGAGGCAAAGAUCUCUUCUUGGUUGGCGAAGCGCAUUGUAAUAAGUUAUAUUUUGCCAAUUUUGAGCUGGAUGAACUUGAGCUUAUACAGUCCAUUCAUAAGAACCCUAUCAGUAGCGUGGUAUUCAAUUCAAAAUAUGAGUGCUUCAUAUCUGCUGACACUAGAGGAAUAGUAGAGUAUUGGUCGCCGGAGUCUUUUGAGAUACCUUCUAACGUAGACUUCAUUUACAAAUCAGGUACUGAUUUAUAUGACUUCGUUAGGUGCAAAUCGCAACCGUCAUGUAUAUGCUUGAAUGAUGACAAUGAAAGCUUUGCGACGAUUUCUCUUCCAGAUAAUUUAAUAAGGAUAUUUAAUGUAAGGUCUGGCAAGUUGCUUCACAAGUUUGAAGAAUCCUUGUCUUCAUAUGAGGAACUUGUCGAUUACAAACAACUCAGCAGAGAGAGAGCUCUCUACAGCAAUAAAAAUGGUAACUUCAUGAAAGCCCGAAAUAUUAUAUUCACAAAGGGAUUGCUUAUCUUUGGAUCAAUCUUAGGAAUUAAAGUGUUGGAUAUGGACUCAGGUCAAGUAUUGAAAGUUUAUGGAUCAGAAGAUCAAAAAGAGUUGAAUAUAAGAUUAAAUCAAGUAGCCUUCUUUGAAAACAAUGCUUUUACAACGUUGACAUCAAAAACAAUUUCUGCUGAGAAUCCACUAAUUAACUCCAAUUUGAAUAAAGGCUCCCUUCUUAUUGCAAGUCCCGUCAGUUCAAAGAGUUUUUUCGUAUUUGGAGAUUCUACAGUUGAUGUGAGCCAAAAAGAAAAUAGUUCCAGAUUGGUGUCUGAAAGCGAGUCCCCAAAGGAUAUCACUAGGGCCAUAUUACAUACAUCUGUUGGUGAUAUCAAAAUUAAAUUAUUCUCUAAACUAGCUCCCAAAACAGUAGAGAAUUUCAUCAAGCUAUGUGAAUCGAGGUAUUACAAUAACGUCAUUUUCCACAGAGUGAUCAAAGAUUUUAUGGUCCAGUCAGGCGAUCCCUCAGGUACUGGUACAGGGGGAGAGUCCAUGUGGGGCGGUAAUUUUGAAGAUGAGUUCAAUCCUCUUCUUUCUCAUUCAGAACCCUAUAUGGUAAGUAUGGCUAAUGCGGGCCCUAAUACUAAUGGUUCACAGUUUUUUAUCACUACUCAAGCAGCAGAGUGGCUAGACAACAAACACUCCGUCUUUGGAAAGGUAGUCGAAGGGCAGGAUAUAGUAAAGCAGAUAGAGUCUAAAGAAACAGAUGAAAAUGAUAAACCGAUUAACCUUGUAUAUAUUAUGUCUACGUCAUUACAAUCAUGA